GAGGGGGCGCAGCUAGAGAGCCCCUGAGCCGCGGCGGGAGAGGAGCGCACAGCCGUGGGGAGCGCGGGCCCGGCAGCCAUGGCGGUGGAAGGAGGAAUGAAAUGUGUCAAGUUCUUGCUCUACGUUCUGCUGCUGGCCUUCUGCGCCUGUGCACUGGGACUGAUUGCUGUGGGUGUAGGGACCCAGCUUGUCCUCAGUCAGACCAUCACCCAGGGGACUACCCCUGGCUCCCUGUUGCCUGUGGUCAUCAUUGCAGUGGGUGCCUUCCUCUUCCUGGUGGCAUUUGUGGGCUGCUGUGGGACCUGCAAGGAGAACUACUGUCUUAUGGUCACGUUUGCCAUCUUCCUGUCUCUUAUUGUGCUGGUAGAGGUGGCUGCAGCCAUUGCUGGCUACGUGUUUAGAAAUAAGGUGAUGUCAGAGUUUAAUAAGGACUUCCGGCAGCAGAUGGAGAAUUACUCAAAAAACAAUAAUACGGCUUCAAUCCUGGACAGGAUGCAGGAAGAUUUUAAGUGCUGUGGCGCUGCUAACUACACAGACUGGGAGAACAUCCCUUCCAUGGGCAAGAGCCGAGUCCCCGAUUCCUGCUGUGUCAAUGUCACUGUGGGCUGUGGGAUUAAUCUCAAGGAGAAGAUCUAUACGGAGGGCUGUGUGGAGAAGAUCGGGGGCUGGCUGAGGAAAAACGUGCUGCUGAUAGCUGCAGCAGCCCUGGGCAUUGCUUUUGUAGAGGUCUUGGGAAUUGUCUUUGCCUGCUGCCUCAUGAAGAGUAUCCGAAGUGGCUAUGAGGUGAUGUAGGGGGUCUGGUCUCUUCAGCCCCCUCAUCUGGGGGAGUGUAGUAGUAUCCUCCAGGUUUUUCAAUUAAAUGGAUUUUUUCAGACCGAAAAGAGAGAUGGUCUCAGUUUGUCUUA